AUGACUAAUUCAACUUCUGAAAACACGACAGUACAAGUAGCUCUUCGUAUAAGACCUCUCACACAAGAAGAUUUAGUUACUUUACCUUCAAGAUUUCAGAGAAAUGUCAUAUCUACUUCUCCAUUUACGCCAAAUCAAGUUGUUGUUCAUGGUGAUAAGAAACAGUCAUUUAGCUUCGAUUAUGUAUUUGGCCCUGAAACGCUGCAAAAGGAAAUUUACGAUAAAGCCAUUAGAAAUAUGGUGGAUAAGUACUUGGAAGGUACAGUAUUGACUAUUGAAAAUUACUACGGAUGA